AUGUCCUACAACGAAGUCUACCAAUUCUCUAUCGUCUCCGCGUUGAUGGACGGCGUCGCCUCUCACGGCGUGCCCAUCUCGCGAAUCCUCGCCCAUGGCGACCACGGCCUAGGAACCUUCCGCUACAUGGAUGGCGAGAUGAUCGUCCUAGACGGCCAGUGCUAUGCAAUGAAGCAUGACGGCUCCGUCAUCCACAUCGCCGACCCCUCUGCGGUACUAACCCCAUUCGCGACAGUCACCCGGUUCAAGCCGACGAUAGAGACGCGCGCCGCAGUCAAGGGGAAGCAGGAUUUUACCAGGCUACUGAAUGGGCUGUUCCCCAAGGCGAGGAAUCAUUUCCUGGUUGUUCGAAUAGACGGUGUGUUCGCGAAGGUGGUGGUGCGCACGGCGGGAGGGCAGAUCAGGCCGAGAGAGGGGAUGGUAGAUGUGUGCAGUCGGCAGACGACGCAUAACUUUGAGAAGGUGAAGGGGGCGGUAGUCGGGUUUAGGUGUCCAGAGUAUAUCAUGGGGGUCAAUGUGGCGGGUGAUCACUUCCAUUUUAUUGCUGAGGACAGGCAGCGUGGGGGGCAUAUCUUGGAGUUUGAGACGGAUGGCGAGGUGAACGUGAAGGCUGCGCAGAUAGCGACGUUUCAUAUGGACUUGCCGACGGAGGAUGAUGAGUUCAAUGAAGCUGAGUUGAAGCUGCAAGCGCAGGGGAUCAAACAGGUGGAGGGUUAG